CCGCCUUCAGUCGUCGGAAAAGAAUGUCAAGUUGAAAAAAUGACAUCAUGACGGAAAUUUUGAAAAGAAAGCUGAAUAUUUUUAAAGAUUAAAAAUGUUAUCUUCAUAGCAUUUUCGAGAGAAAUAUGACAUUUUUUACACAAGAUUUUUCGACUAUCGGGUUUGCAUAUUUUUUAAUACAACAUAUAUUUUAGGUAUUUUAAUUUAUUUUAUUAGAUUUUUUAAAUAUUUUUAUUAUUAUUAUUACUUUAUUUUAUUUUCUCCGGAAUUUAUUAUUGAUUUAUACAUAGUUUUACGAUAUUUAUGUUUUUAUUAUAUAUAAGACUAUGUUUUUUUAUAAAUAAAUAAAUGAAUAUAUUAGAAAUUAUAGGAAGAGGUAGAAUAGAAAGAAGAGACAUAUAUUACUUAUAUUUUGGGAGUAAAAAGAUAAGUAAUUGUCCUAUAUAGGACUAAAAAAGAAGAGAAAUUCUCAAAUAAGACCAUGUAUGUUUUUUCCCCAAAUAGGAUCGAUUUACUCCUAUUUUAAAACAUCCGCAUAUUUCAUUCCAUUAUUACCCUCUAUCCCUUUACGCACAUCUCCCCAACCGCUUCCCCUUCUCUCCUGCGCACAUCCCUCUCUCUCUUUCUUGGGUCCUUGCGCAUCAUCAUCGGCUUCAUCCAAGCCAUCGUCGCCGCCUCCGUCGACUUCGCCCUGUGCACAAGAUCGACCGCUUUCCUCUCACGCCAUCGAUUUAGCCGCUGCCAUUAAGAUCUGAAACUCUUGUGUUAUGCCAUGGACGGUGUCGCCAGUGUGGGAAGCGGCGGCGAUCAGGGGGCGGCGAUGAGUGGAAAUGAUGGGCCGUCAAGGAUGCGACAGCAGGCGGCGAGGGCGGCAACGGGCGGCACAUUCACCGACGAGGGCGGCGACGGGCGGCACAUUCACCGGCGAGGGCGGCGACAGACGACGUCGUCUCCGAUGAGGGCGGAGGCAGGAUCCGGCGGCGGGCGGUUUGGCUCUGGCGGUGGCAGUGUCACUGCUAGGGUUUCAAUAGUUUUUAAUUUUACAUUUUUAAAAUUUAAAAUAUUAGAAGAAGGGUAUUUUAGUCUACUACUCUGAAAAUGGUCCUAUGAAACAUAUGGUUCGUUUAUAGUCCUAAAUGGGCAAUUAACUUUGCUAUUAGUCCUAUUCGAAGCAUUAGAUUAGAGUCCUAUUGUGGAACACUGGAACUUAAGGCUAUUUGUAGUCCGCUUUAGGGCUAAUAACCGUUUACUUAUUAAAAUAUGGAAAUGAUAUAAUAGGAAG